AAACCAUCUGAGAGAGAGAUAAGGGGGUAGAAAGAGCAGAGAGAGAGAGACUCCCUCUUCUGUCCAUCAUCCUAGCAUCCUGCAAGGUGUCAUCACAACAUCCCAGCCUAUCUGGGUACCAUUACCAACUGAUGGAGCGAAAGGAAUACACGUUCACGCUGGAAUCUCGAGCGCUGAAUAAGAGACAUUCAGCUAAAGCUAUCUGACAGAAAAGGGGACAGAGUGACAAAGCUUUUGCAUCCACAGUACGCGCGAGUUCACUUGUUUCUGAUCGCCUCCUACUUGAAUUUUUUUAAUUCCUUAAUUGUACUCUGGAGCUCACAAGGAUUUGCGUCUCUAUAAAGACAAGCAGCAACAAUUUUCAGAGUUACUUUCCCGAAGGAUAAUCUUGUUUUUUUUUCUUUUUUCUUUUUAUUGGAUCUUUUCCCCUUAGAGAUGGUUCCCAACCUGAAGGCAAGCUGGUUUUAAAGGUGGAAGACUUUUUCCCCACGCCCCGAGCCGGAGUCACCAUGGCGGCGGGAGUAGCAGCGUGGCUCCCUUUUGCCAGGGCAGCGGCCAUCGGGUGGAUGCCUGUGGCCAACUGCCCCAUGCCCAUUGCGCCCAGUGACAAGAACAAGAGGCAGGAUGAGCUGAUCGUGCUCAACGUGAGCGGGAGGCGCUUCCAGACAUGGAGGACCACACUGGACCGCUACCCUGACACCCUACUGGGAAGCUCAGAGAAGGAGUUCUUUUACAACGAAGAGGCCAAGGAGUACUUCUUUGACCGUGACCCCGACGUCUUCCGCAGUGUUCUCAACUUCUACAGGACCGGCAAGCUGCACUACCCCCGCUAUGAGUGCAUCUCAUCCUACGACGAGGAGCUGGCUUUCUUCGGCAUCAUCCCAGAGAUCAUCGGUGACUGCUGCUACGAAGAGUACAAGGACCGCAAGCGGGAGAACGCCGAGCGCCUCAUGGACGACAACGACGGAGAGAAUAGCAAAGACAACUUGCCGCACUUGAACUUCCGCGAGAACAUGUGGCGUGCCUUCGAGAACCCCCACACCAGCACCAUGGCGUUAGUCUUCUACUACGUCACCGGCUUCUUCAUCGCCAUCUCAGUCAUCACCAAUGUGGUGGAGACCGUUCCAUGUGGCUCCUCACCCAAUCUGAAGGACCAGCCCUGUGGGGAGCGCUACGCUGUGGCUUUCUUUUGCCUGGACACGGCCUGCGUCAUGAUCUUCACCGUGGAGUACCUUAUGCGCCUCUUCGCUGCCCCAAGCCGCUACCGCUUCAUCCGCAGUGUGAUGAGCAUUAUCGAUGUUGUGGCCAUCAUGCCCUACUACAUUGGCCUGGUCAUGACCAACAACGAGGACGUGAGCGGGGCCUUCGUCACCCUAAGGGUCUUCCGCGUCUUCCGGAUUUUCAAGUUCUCUCGCCACUCGCAGGGCCUGCGCAUCCUGGGCUACACCCUCAAGAGCUGCGCCUCCGAGCUGGGCUUCCUGCUCUUCUCCCUGACCAUGGCCAUCAUCAUUUUUGCCACUGUCAUGUUCUACGCUGAGAAGGGUUCCUCUGCCAGCAAGUUCACCAGCAUCCCGGCCUCAUUUUGGUACACCAUCGUCACAAUGACCACCCUUGGCUAUGGCGAUAUGGUGCCGAAGACAAUCGCAGGAAAGAUUUUUGGCUCCAUCUGCUCCCUGAGUGGGGUUUUGGUAAUAGCCCUGCCUGUCCCUGUCAUUGUGUCCAACUUUAGCCGAAUUUAUCACCAGAACCAGAGAGCAGAUAAACGCCGGGCGCAGAAGGUACAGAAAGCAAGGUUGGCAAGGAUACGGGUGGCUAAGGCAGGCAGCUCCAAUGCAUUCCUCCAUAGCAAGAGAAAUGGCCUCCUAAAUGAAGCACUGGAGCUCAUGGGAUCCACAGAGGAGGAGCAGCAGCUGAGAAAAUCCACCUCCAUCAUAGAAAGUCAACACCACCACCUUCUGCACUGUCUGGAGAAGACUACUAACCACGAGUUUGUGGACGAGCAGGUGUACGAGCAGAACUGCCUGGACAGCACCCUGCAGAGCUACCCAUCCCGCAGCCCCUCCCUGUCCAGUCACCACGGCCUGACCUCCUCCUGCUGCUCCCGCCGCGCCAAGAAGACCACCCACCUGCCCAACUCUAGCGUGCCUGCCACCCGGCUGCGCAGCCUGCAGGAGCUCAGCGCCAUCCACAUCCAGUGUGGUAACCAGCCGCCCCUGAGCACCAGCCGAUCCAGCCUGAACAUGAAGUCAGAUGAGGCCGUGCGGCUCAACUGCAAGAGCUCCCAGGUUACCACGGCAAUCAUCAGCAUCCCAACUCCCCCGGCAACCACCCCCGAGGGUGAGGGCAACAACCACCCCUCCAGCCCCAGCAUGCACACCUCCAGCAGCUCGAACAUUGUCAAGGUGUCAGCACUGUAAAAGAGCCUGGCUCAAAUUUUGGGUCCCAACUGAACCUGCUGCACAGUAACAUUCAAUAAAAAUGGACAAACGAAAGAAAGAAAUACAAUGGAAAAACACAAACGGAAUUAAUUGUGCCUGAAAGACUGUCCUUAACAGGGAAAAGAGGACAAAAUAAGGAGGCCUUUUGGGCUGGUGUUUGAGAGUUGUCAGAAGAACCAGUUUGAGCCAUUUCAAACAUCCAGUGUGUUCUACAUGAUAGCGUUUCCACAAAGAAAGUCACAAGACACUGUGCACUAAGCACCUUUCCUUGGCCAGCUGGCUUUUUAAUGACUUCAAAAGAAAAGAACAAGGGAACGAUUUGAAAAAAAAAGAUAACAGGAUAGUUGCUGGUGUUUUCUGUUUUUUUUCCCUUUGUUUAGAUUCAUAUCGUUUUUCGUCAGAAUAUUACCUUGAUAUAGAAAAAAAACAUAUAUCAUUUACCAAAAUCUUUUUUUAAGUAUUAUUUUAUUUUGUUCUAGAGAAAUGAAAAAAAAAGAUAAAAAAAGCAAAACAAGGUAGGAGCGUCGGUCACAGAGUUGUUUGUGGAUUUUAAUUUUUAUUUUUGUGGGUGUGUGUGUGCGUGCGAGGACUACUUGUACACUUGACUCAACACAGGACUCUCAUAGGCUCGCCACACUUCAGCAAGGUGCUGCUAGAGGAAAGGUUCUUGUGAAGACAUUCUAGUGUCUAAAGUUCCCAGUAAAAGCCUUCAUUCCUGUAAUUAAGAUGUGCUGCUUUUCACAGGUACAGUUAUGUACUGUACAUAUCAUUUUAAGCUCCAAAACGAUCCUCCCAACUUCCAACAAACUGCAAGACCACACUAAUGGUACUUCUGGACUAACACAGAGGUGUUCUGGCAAUCUGGCAAUCUUUUUGCAUUGUUUCUACACUGCACUGAACUUCGGUGACCUGAAAAACAGCAGAACAUCAAGCUAAAAAAAGCAUGAGGCAUUUAUUGAGGUUUUAGGCAGAGACAUGUCCUGAACCAUACCUCAGCACCAGAUUCUUUGUCAAUAGUGUUAAUAGAUAUUUUGUAUUAUUAGCCAUUGUAUGGCCAAGCAGUGGCUGUUUUCCCCCAUUUUAGCAUUGUCUAGUGCAAAUCCAUCGCCCAUUUUGACAAAAAGAGAUAUGCUUUCUCUAGUCGUUACAUUGGGAUUUUUUAAUUGUCGGGUGUGCUCUCUGUGUAUUAAAUUUUCAGUAUUUGUAUUUUUUGCUGCCUUGGUGUUACUGACUUCUUGGUCUUCGCCGUCUUCUGGAAAACCUUCAGCUGUCCACAACACGGCAGAAUUGAAACAAUGAAAAUCUUUACCGCUGCAGAACUGAGCUUAAAAACUGUGCUUGACCAGCGUCCUGUGUCCUGUCCUGUCUUCUGUGAAAAAGGCUUCUGUGUUGUCGGCCUUUUUUGCUCUGCUCUUUUUUUAUUGCAAUUUUAUACCAGAAGGUGGGACCUGAACCAAACUGGACUGUGUGUCAAUGCUCUGGAGUGUUUUGGGGGUAAAACAGAGACACAAUUGAGCAGGGUUUCUUUUUUUUCCCACUUUGGGGAGUUGAGAGAGCAUCUCUCACCGGCCUCAACGAGAAUUUCCACUUCCAGAGCAUCAAAAGGUUGAAGGUGCUUUUCUAAUCUUUUUGACUUGGUAUCCAUGACUCCUGAAAGGAAUGAAAAUGUGUCACUGGCUGGAAUUGUGCAUUCUCAGCCUAGCACCAACCUGAGAUGGACUGGGUGCUUUCCAUCACUGCCUGUUCAGGAACAAGUGUAUGCAAAGUAAAUGCAAAUAACUGGGACCAGUUUCACUGCUUAACUGCCACAUCAGAAUAGCAGGUAAUGGGGUAUUAAUAAUAUGAUAUAGUUCGCAAAUGACCAUUUCUUGUUUUGUUGUCUCUCUUCAAAUUAGAUCCCUUUGAUGCUGUCACUGACUACAGUGUAUUCAUCCAAGAAUUUUACUUAUGAAGUAGACGAUAUUUUCCAGUUUUCAACACCAAAAAUCUGCUUUUCAAGAUAAAUCGGUGCCCACUUACCGUUAAAACACUCCUGGUUUUGCGACAAGGUGAAACAGAUCAGAUCUGUCCCGAUCUGGAGUAAGUCAGGAAGCUGUCCAUGGAAUUCCAUCAGAUGUAACAGCUGUAAUCAUCUCAUACAGCAUGAGAAGCACAAGAGGAGGAAAGGGCAGAAAAUAUCUUCUAAAAUUAAAUUUUAGGUCCAGUUCUGUAGACAGGCCAGUGUGAUUAUUUUAAGUUGUAAGGGGUGUCAUUUUUUUGUUGUUGAAGGUGUUAACCCGAAGAGUGCCAAUGGAUUUGUGAUGCCCAUCGCUUCCAUUGUGAAACUGUAGACCAAAUGCUGAAUGGGGCCUCCUACAGAUCCUUAAACCUCCUCUCAUGUAAUAACUAAGAUGCUUACAAUAGCCAUUCUGUUUUUCUCACCUACGAGACAUGUCUGACACAGCAUGGAGCCACUGAUCCUGAAGUUUACUUAAACAGUAAAUACCACUGUGACAUUUACAUUAAAGUAGAAUGAACUGAUCUUUGAUGACAAAAUAACAUUUCUCUGAUUAUGCCCUUUAAGAAAGUUUCCCCUUCUUUUCCCUUCUUUCCUCUUAUUUCCCUGUUUUGGUGGUUUUUCUACACAUGUCUCCAACUAACAUUCGCAUCAAAAACUGUCAGGUCAGAUCUAACAGAACAAUAAUGUUCUGGAAUAGCAGGGGCAAGAGACUUGCACACUUUCCCCUUAAAGGGAGUGUAUCUUAAAGCCAUCCACACUUUUCAUGCACCAACUCACGCAGGUGAAAUACAUUUGGAAGCUUAAAACACUCCGGAUUGUGUCCCUGAUGUGUUAUACUUGGUGAUUCUCCUAGUAGCAAUUAUUCUUUGCACUGAAGUGUAAAAUAUGUAAGACCCCCCAUGGACACAAUUUACCUGUGUAGAAUAAGGAACCCAUUCAGUAACGUCAUCAUUUAAUUCUUCACCACCACAUUUUAAGCAAAAAUGGUCUGAAUUGAGCCCUGAGAAUUCAUAAAGUGGACUAAGUGGUCUGCAACUUUAACCUUCAACCUGUUCUAUGUGCUUUUGUGAUGAUUCCUCUAGACUGAUUGUGCCAUCAUGAAAGAGUCACUUUCCAAAGAGUGGGAAUUAUUAGCACAGUGCCUGUCAUGAAGCAUGAAGAGUUUCAACUUGCCCUGAAUAUUCCUGAAACUCUCCUGAUAGUACACUUUGACUGUAAUAAAGUACAAGCCCUUUUAUUUCAAUAGAUCUCUUAAUUGCCUAAUAGGCAGAUACCCACCAUAUUGAAAUGAGCAGCUUUGGUCAAACGAUGAGUUACAUUACCAAGCACAAUCAGGAGUAAAUUCAAACACAGUAGGAGAUACUGUAAGUCCACAGGAACAGAGUUGUUAGGUACAUUUUAGAAUUCUACAGAACUCUGGUGAACAGUGCUCAUUUUAAUACGUCAAAACUGUGUUUUUCUUCUUCCCAGAUAACCAUUUAGGGUCAUAUUCAGCUGCAUAUACAAAGAAAAAAUGCACAAAUUGCAGACUUGUCCAAAAUGUGUUCUUUACAAUACUACCCUGCCCAGUACAAUAGUCUUGACCAGAUACGUUUACAAAUAAACUAACAUAUAUUCAAGGUUUUGAGCUAGCUGCUAGCUGGCUCAUGUAUUCAUUGGUUAAAUUAAGAAAAAAUUCUGGCUAUUGUUUUGAAGGUGAAUAAAUAAUAAAACAAGAACAGUAAAAUGUGAUGGAUUUGGUUUAGAAGCCCUUGUACAUUCAUUUGGGCAUACAUUCGAGAGAUAGUUAACUGUUCGUAGUUGGGUUUUUUUGCUUCUCUCUAGUUUGGAAUAUGUAUGUUUUGGACUGAGUGCAUAAAAUUAAGACCUGUGUUUCAAUGUUGCACAAUUUCAUAGACAGGUGAUCUAUUUCUAUCGCCCUGGAGGAGUGACAAAGGAAAGCGAACCGAAAAAAUCAAAAUGCACUUGUCCCCCCUCCUUUUUUUCUCCUGGUUGCUGUGCAUAUCCAGUCAGGUGUUGUAUAUCAUUUAUGACUUUGUCUUGUGUCACUACUGUGAUCCGCCUGAUAAAGAUCUGUAUAUCUGCCACAAAUACAAACCUGUGGAAUAUAA